AUGAAAGCCUUUAGCAGCCCCAGCAACUCCAGCAUCAUCACUGGCUUCAUCCUCCUGGGCUUCCCCUGCCCCAAGGAGGGGCAAAUCCUCCUCUUUGUGCUCUUCUUCAUUAUCUACAUCCUUACCCUCAUGGGCAAUGCUUCCAUCAUAUGUGCUGUGUGCUAUGAUAAGAAACUUCACAGCCCCAUGUACCUCCUGCUGGCCAACUUCUCCUUCCUAGAAAUCUGGUAUGUCACCUCCACAGUCCCCAACAUGUUGGCCAACUUCCUCUCUGACACGAAGGUCAUCUCUUUCUCUGGAUGCUUCCUGCAGUUCUAUUUCUUCUUCUCCUUGGGUUCUACAGAAUGCUUUUUCCUGGCAGUCAUGGCAUUUGAUCGAUACCUUGCCAUCUGCAGACCUCUACAUUAUCCUUCUCUCAUGACUGGGCGCCUCUGCAACAUCCUUGUGAUCAGUUGCUGGGUGCUUGGUUUCCUCUGGUUCCCUGUUCCCAUCAUCAUCAUCUCCCAAAUGUCCUUCUGUGGAUCCAGAAUUAUAGACCACUUCCUGUGUGACCCAGGCCCUCUGUUGGCCCUCACCUGUGUGAGAAAUUCUUUAAUUGAGAUGACUAGCUCUACUUUAAGUUCCCUGCUUUUAUUUGUUCCAUUUUUUUUUAUCAUGGGGUCUUAUGCUCUAGUAAUGAGGGCUGUGCUCAGGGUCCCUUCAGCAGCUGGACGAAGAAAGGCCUUCUCCACCUGUGGGUCACACUUGACUGUGGUUUCUCUUUUCUAUGGCUCAGUGAUGGUCAUGUAUGUGAGCCCAACAUCUGAACAUGCAGCUGGAGUGCAAAAACUUGUGACUCUGUUUUAUUCUGUGGUUACUCCCCUCCUUAAUCCUGUGAUAUACAGUCUGAGGAACAGAGAUAUGAAACAUGCAAUGAAAAAGUUACUGAAAAUGUAA